AGGCUGUCCCUCUGCACCGCUGACAUGCCAGUUCUGGACCAAGAGCCCUCCAAGGACUCAGGAGGCGAAGAUGGUCUUCCCAAGCUGCCACUCCCCGCCCUGAAAGACACCCUGGACGUGUACCUGAGGUGUAUGAAGCACCUGCUCACAGAGGAACAGUUCAACAAGACCCAAAAUGUAGUGAAGCAGUUUGGAGCCCCUGGAGGAGUGGGGGAGCUACUACAGAGCAAACUCAAGGAGAGGAGGGAGAACAAGGCAAACUGGGUGUACGAGUACUGGCUGAAUGACAUGUACCUGAACAACAGACUGGCUCUGCCCGUCAACUCCAGUCCUGUGAUGGUCUUCCCACAGCAGCACUUCAGGGCUCCGAUCGACUCUUUAAGGUUUGCUGCACACUUGAUUUCUGGAGUUUUGGAGUACAAGACUCUUCUUGAUUUACGCUCUCUGCCUGUGGACUACGCCCGAGGCCAGCUGGCUGGGACCCCUCUGUGUAUGGAGCAGUACUAUCGCCUCUUCACUUCCUACCGUCUACCGGGGCCUGAGAGGGACACGCUGGUGGCCCAGGAGAGCAGCGUGAUGCCAGAACCUGAACACAUCAUUGUGGCUUGUAAAAACCAGUUCUUUGUGUUGGAUGUGGUGAUCAACUUCCGCCGACUGAAUGAAAGAGACCUGCUGACUCAGCUGGACAAGAUCGCCAGGAUGGCUGACAGCAAAGAAGAGCAGCUCCCACCGAUCGGUCUCCUCACGUCAGAUGGCCGGACAGAGUGGGCCGAGUCUCGCAGUGUGCUAAUGAGAGAGUCUACUAACAGGGACUCUCUUGACAUGAUCGAGCGUUGUCUGUGUCUGGUCUGUCUGGAUGACGCCAGUGGGACCGAGCUCAGUGACACCACGCGUGCCAUGUUGAUGCUGCAUGGUGGAGGGGUGGCCAAGAAUGGGGGCAACCGCUGGUACGACAAGCCCAUGCAGUUUGUUGUAGGAGCUGACGGCUGCUGCGGAGUCGUGUGCGAACACUCACCAUUCGAGGGAAUUGUCCUUGUGCAGUGCACGGAGUAUCUACUCAAAUACAUGAUUGGCAGCCCAUCAAAGCUGGUCAGGGCAGCAAGUGUGAGCGAGCUGCCUGCACCACGCAGGCUCCGCUGGAAAUGUACUCCAGAGAUUCACAAACUCCUCGCCUCUUCUGCCGACAAACUACAAAAGCAUGUGAAAAAUCUGGACAUGAACGUGCACAAAUUCUAUGAUUACGGGAAAGAGUUCAUCAAGAAGCAGAAAAUGAGUCCAGAUGCUUACAUCCAGGUUGCUCUUCAGUUAGCCUACUACCGAUGCCACAGCAGACCGGUGUCGACAUAUGAGAGUGCUUCUAUACGACGCUUUCAGCAGGGCAGAGUAGACAACAUCCGCUCAGCCACACCAGAAGCCCUGGCUUUUGUCAAAGCAAUGACUGAUGGGAAAAUGAGCACAAGUGAUGCAGAAAAGAUGGAACUGUUACGAGGUGCCAUAACUGCUCAGACAAAGUAUACUAUUCUGGCUAUUACAGGGAUGGCUAUAGACAAUCACUUACUGGGACUACGUGAAAUUGCACAUGAACUGAAGAUGGAGAAGCCGGAAAUAUUCAAAGACGAAGCCUAUCUCAUCAGCAAUCAGUUCAUUCUCUCUACAAGUCAGGUUCCUACGACUGUUGAGAUGUUUUGCUGCUACGGACCCGUGCUUCCAAACGGAUAUGGAGCGUGCUACAACCCUCAGUCAGACCACAUUAUCUUCUCUGUGUCCAGUUUCCGCGAGAGCCCGCAAACAUGUUCGGCAGAAUUUGUCACGUGUCUGGUGCGGGGACUGCUGGACAUGAGGGAUAUGUGCAAUAAAUACAACUCCAGCUCCAGUCCGGCCCAGCAAAGACAAGGUCAGACGCUGGAGACGCACACACAAACAGACACAAACUGGCAAAGCAAAGCGCCACAGAGAUCAACUGAGCUGACCAAGAAUCAGCAAACAGUGCCACAGGUUGUGCUGAAGACACCAGACCAGACUAAAGUGGAGGCUCAAACCCAGACUUCAUCACACGGGGAGGUGCAGGCUUUGAAGAACGGAAGUAAAUCAUAGAAAACUGUCAGGGCCAGUAAAAAUAGUGGUGGUGUGAUUUUAAAAGUGUGUUUUUGUGCUGCUACAAUGUAUUCCUCGAGUCACUCACUCAAUAUACACUUUAACUGUGAUGCAAAAUGUUACGUAAAAAUGUUUUAUUGUACUUUAAAAUGUCUCAAGAGCUGAUGAUAAUCUAAUUUACUUAUUCUUAGAGAAUAUUAGAGGUGUUGGGUUAUUAUAUAGGACCCUUUCUGCUGUUGUUGCACACAAAAAAGUCAAAAUACAGCAAUUAAUUAAAAUGUCUGUCUAGAUGUCUACUGUAUGUUGGUAAAACUUAAAGCCACAUUUGAGCUUUUGAUUAUUGCUUUGCACUAAAUUGAGAUGAAUCAUCCAAAGAAAAGAGUAAAUUUAUUGUAAAAAUAGUCUGUGAGUUAUGAAAAAUGACUGAUUGUCUCAUUAUAUGUCAACUUGCAAAUCGCAUGCUUCUAUCCAAUGAUUUUGUGAAGAUUUAGGUGAAUCGGAAAACUAUAAUCUUCUAUGCAAUUUCUAUUUGUGUUGUCAACAUAAAUUGUGUCUAUAUAGUACCAACAGUACUACUGUUACUUACAUGUCUGUUUAAAAAAAAGUAUCAUUUUAUAAAACCAUUAGAGGUUUAGUUCACACUGUGCUCAACACACUAGAUACUGUUUAGCUUAUCAAAGAAUGUUAAGUGUGAUCAAAAUUGUGUAUUUGUAAAUUUAUGAGCAGAAUACAUAAUUAAGUUAUUUAUUUUUGUAUAACUUAAUGUUACAGGGUGUAAAAUGUAAAAGUAAGUAUGUAAAACUUACUAACCAGAGGUGAUCACUGUGUUUAUGACUCUCCAAGUAUUGUAUUUAUGAAGUACUAUUGAAGAUUAAAAGAAAGAAAUCAAAUUGAGGCUUUUGUUCAAUAUUAUGUUUUACAGAGAUGCAUUUAUAUACCAUGGUUGAGUAUUAAAUAAUCUACAGGGGACUGAGGCAACUGAAGAUGCCAGUAACUGCUCUGAAUUUAUGGACCAGUUGCAUAUUGGAAAUAUAUUGCAUAUUCCAGUUGUAUUAGAUAAAAAGCUAAUUUUAACAACCGUUGACUUAUGACAAACACCGAGAAG